GUAGGAUACAAGAAUAUCUCAAGUAUAUUGAUUGAUAUCGAUCUGUUUUAACUUGUUGAAGAGUCCAUUUUGUAGACAGGAAUUUAUUGUUUGCAUUUGCAUUAUCUUAAGGAACUGUGUGAAAAAUGAAUAUUGGCAUAAGCAGAAGAAACAUUGGAAUAAAACCGUUGUCAUCGAUACUUUCAUUAGCCAAUAUGCGAUCAAUAUCAUCGUCGUCUUUUGAUACUCGACAAGUUAUUAAAGAGUUGGAAUCAAAGGGGUUUAAUUCAGAACAGGCCAAAAAUGCAGUAUCGAUAAUCUCGUCAUGUAUCAAUAAGGGGAUAACAAAUUAUACCAAAGAUUUAGUUAAAAGGGAGGAAUUGAGAAAAAUGUCCUAUCAACAAAAAGUUGAUUUUGCUAAAUUAAAGGGAGAAUUACAGACUAUUGAUAGGGGAGAGUUUAACAAAAUAAAUAAUGAAUAUGAAAAAUUGAAACUAGAUCUAGAGAAGUUACGACAAAAUUUAAAAGAAGAGAUAACAAAGACAGAAUCAUCAGUUAGAUUGGAUUUAAAUUUAGAGAAAGGAAGAAUUAGAGAGGAGAAUAAGACUCAUGAGAGCAGUAUAAAGGAGACUGAUAAUAGAAUUGAUCAGGAAAUAGCCAAUAUGAGAACCCAAAUUGAUAAUGUUAAAACUCAAGUUUUACAAUGGCUAUUUGGUGUUUGCACAGGAACGUUUGCAUUGAUUUUAGCUUAUGUUCGAUUAUUUACAUAAAGAGAAUAAGUUACAAUAAGGUAUCAAAAAAAUUAUAUUAAAAAAUUAUAAUAAAAGAAUUACAAUAACAUAUGAGAAGAAAUAUAAUUUAUAGGAUAGUGUAUAAAAUAGAUAAUAGAAAAAAAAAAAAAAAAAAAAAAA